AUGGAUUCUCGUCGUCGUCGCUCCUCCGUGGGCAGCGGCGCCCAAACGGCCGACCAAGCCCUCGCCUCUCUCGGCUACAAGGCCGAAUUGCCUCGUCAUCUCUCCAUGAUGUCCAUCCUUGGCCUCUCCUUUGCCAUCAUGGCCGUCCCAUUCGGCCUCAGCACCACUCUAUACAUUACACUGACCAAUGGCCAAUCCGUCACCGUUCUUUGGGGAUGGGUUCUGGUCUCGCUCAUCUCUGUCUGCAUUGCUGCGUCUCUCGCCGAAAUCUGCGCCGUCUUCCCGACUGCGGGCGGCGUCUACUACUGGUCCGCAAUGCUAAGUUCACGCGAGUGGGCGCCGCUGGUCAGCUUCGUGGACGGAUGGCUCACACUCGUCGGCAACUGGACGGUUACCCUGAGCAUCAACUUCUCCGGCGCGCAGCUGAUUCUAAGCGCAAUCACUAUCUUUAACGAAGACUUCGUGGCGAAUACGUGGCAGACCGUCCUGUGCUUCUGGGCCGUCAUGCUUGUAUGCGCUCUGGUCAAUGCCUUUGGCUCGCGCUACCUGGACCUCAUCAACAAGAUAUGCAUCUACUGGACUGCUGCAAGUGUCAUCAUCAUCAUGAUCACGCUGCUCACAAUGGCCGACCACCGACGUUCCGGAGACUUUGUAUUUGCCCAUUAUGACGCCUCGGGCAGUGGAUGGCCAACUGGGUGGUCCUUUUUUGUUGGACUCCUUCAAGCCGCCUAUACACUGACCGGCUAUGGCAUGGUUGCCGCCAUGUGCGAGGAAGUGCAGAACCCCGAGCGCGAAGUCCCCAAGGCUAUUGUCCUCUCCGUCGUUGCCGCAGGCAUCACUGGCGUCAUCUACCUCAUCCCGCUCCUCUUCGUCCUCCCCGAUGUGCAGACCCUGCUCACCGUCGCAAACUCUCAACCAAUCGGCUUGCUCUUCAAGAUUGUCACUGGAUCCUCAGCUGGUGGCUUUGGCCUGCUGUUCUUGAUCCUUGGGAUCCUGAUGUUUGCGGGUAUUGGAGCUCUUACAGCUGCCUCGCGAUGCACCUACGCCUUUGCGCGAGAUGGUGCUAUUCCUGGCUACAAGCUGUGGCGCAAGGUGAACAAGUCAUUGGACAUGCCCAUCUGGGCUCUCGUCCUGUCUACGGUGGUUGAUUGCCUCCUGGGGUGCAUCUAUUUCGGCUCCUCCGCCGCCUUCAACUCGUUCACCGGUGUCGCCACCAUCUGUCUCUCAACCUCCUACGGUGUUCCCGUCCUCGUCAACCUUGUCCAGCGCCGUCGAGCAGUGCAGCACUCGCCUUACCCUCUCGGCAAAGUCAUGGGCCCCAUUAUCAACUGCAUCUGCAUCGUCUGGAUCGUCUUCUCCGUUGUGAUAUUCUGCAUGCCGGUCUCGCUGCCGGUUGAUGCCACGACGAUGAACUACGCCUCGGUGGUGUUUGCUGGCUUUGGGGCGAUUGCGUUUAUCUGGUACUUUGCGUAUGCGCGCAAGAACUUUACCGGGCCGCCCGUUCGAAGCGCAGGCGACGAGGGCAUCAUUCCGACAGUGGGAGUGCCGGUGGGCGAUCAUGACGGGACAGGGUCAGAUUCUCCGCCGGCGCACACAGAGAAGGAUCUCAAGUGA